AUGAAGUCAUUUACCGCAUACCUCUUAGCUUGCGCUGCUGUCACCGGCGUCAUGGCUGUUCCAGGUGAAUACCAUAAGCGCCAUGACAAGCGCCAAACCAUUACUUCCAGCACGACCGGCACCAAUAACGGCUAUUACUACUCAUUCUGGACAAACGGUGGUGGCACUGUCGAUUAUACCAACGGCGCCGCGGGCGAGUAUAGUGUCACUUGGGAAAAUUGUGGUGACUUUACCUCCGGCAAGGGAUGGUCGACCGGUAGCGCCCGGGAUAUUACUUUCUCGGGAACAUUCAGUCCCUCUGGAAAUGCCUAUCUCUCUGUCUAUGGUUGGACCACUAGCCCAUUGGUGGAGUACUACAUCCUCGAAGACUAUGGGACCUACAACCCUGGUAGCGCAAUGACUCAUAUGGGAACAGUCACAAGCGAUGGGUCUGUUUACGAUAUCUACGAGCACCAACAGGUUGACCAGCCCUCUGUCAGCGGUACUGCUACCUUCAACCAAUACUGGUCCAUCCGCCAGAGUAAGCGCUCUAGCGGCACUGUGACUACCGCAAAUCACUUUAAUGCUUGGGCUAGCCUUGGAAUGAGUAUGGGCACCACAUACAAUUACCAAAUUGUUUCUACUGAGGGCUAUGAGAGCAGUGGAUCUUCCACCAUUACUGUGUCGUAG